CAUUUCUGCUUCGGUCACCAGCACGUAUCCCCUUGACAUUCGCCUCAACUCACUGGCCCACACUACGAUAUUUCCCUCCCUUCCGGCCGACGGAUUCUUGUUGGAUCUUGUCGGAGAGAGAUGACAGGUUCAGGGGUGACGGCGGCGAUGAUGGCGGUGGAGUGUCUGGAGGUGGGCUCGCACACGCUCAGUAAAGCAGCCAUGAGCAGAGGAAUGAGCAACUUCAUCUUUGUUCUCUACGAUAACGCCCUCGCUGCUCUCCUCCUUGUUCCUGCUUCCUUCUUCUUCUACUGGAAAAGAUCUCGUCCCCCACUCAGCUUUUCCGUCGUCUUUAAAAUCUUUGUUCUCAGCGUUCUCAGCUGUCCCGUGCAGAUUUUCAUGUCUCUUGGGAUAAGGUACAGCUCGCCAACGUUGGCCUCAGCAAUGACCAAUCUUGUCCCAGCUUUCACCUUUCUACUUGCCGUUGUUUCCAGGAUGGAAAAGCUGGAUCUGAGAAUCCAAAGCAGCCAAGCCAAGACCCUUGGCACCAUUGUGUCAAUCACAGGGGCCUUGGCUGUGUCUUUGUACAGAGGCCCGCCAGUGGCAAUUUUCCCCCCAUCAUCUAACUGUCUCCAUGAACAUCUUGUGUCCUCUCCAUCAAACUGGGUCAUUGGAGGCAUUUUCCUUGCAGCUGGUUGCUUCUUGCUCUCCCUGUCGUAUAUUGUUAAAACUUGGGUCAUCAGGGACUACCCUGAAGAGCUGAUGGUAAUAGUCAUUCGUUGCAUUUUUGUUGUCAUUCAAUCUGCCCUAGUUGCCCUAUUUGCUGAAAAGGACCCAACUGCUUGGAGACUGAGGCCUGGUGUGGAGCUCAUAUCAAUUGGGUAUUCUGCCAUUUUUUCAACCAUACUUCGAAGUGUUGUUCAUAUGUGGGCUUGCCGGAAGAAGGGACCUGUCUAUGCAGCCAUGUUUAAGCCACUUAGGAUGGUCCUUGCCACUGUUGCGGGGAUUAUUUUUCUUGGGGAUACUCUUCAUCUCGGAAGUUUGGUUGGUGGGGCCAUAAUAGCAGUUGGGUUUUAUAGUGUGGUCUGGGGACAACACAUUGAAGAAAAGGCAGUUGAAGUUGGUGCACUCUCUGGCUCUGAAUCAUCCUCUAGUAAAGCCCCUCUCUUGCAAAUCGAAGACAUGGAGAUAUAGAAUUUCUAUUUUAAAGGCAAAUCAUGUAUUGCAUUACGUAGCAUUUACAAAUCAGUAAAGCACUAAGAAGCAGUGGUUUGUCUGUCUAUUUCUGUUGUGAUGAAUAAUUGCCAAUCUAUGUUCUUUUAAAGAGUAAACUUUAUGAUUUCAAGAGGCCAUCUCUUCUUUUCUUCUUUUUCUUCUUUUUCCCCCCUUGGGCUGGGGUUAAUUGAGAACAAGCCACAUUGCAAAGUUGGGACAUGGUGAAGUGAGCAAUCUAUGUUGGAGAUGGUCUUUAUCAGAAUGUAUUGAAAAAUUCUAUUCAUCACAAGAAUUUUACAAUAAUUUUUUUCUUUUUGGAA